AUGGCUGGUGAUGAGAAGACCAAGAUUGUCCGGGAGAGACUCUUCCUAUAUGGGCCAAACCCUUCUCCGGAGCUGGUCCAACAGCUAAUGGCUGAGGCGGAUGCUGAUAUCCAGGCAGCCAGAGCACACAAACUCAGCCUGAUUACAGCUCAGCGUGCCACUGGACCAACAACAACGAUUACCCCUUCAGAGAUCACAGGGAAACGAAAGAUAGCGUUCGCGGCUUUCAAGUCCUUCCUGGAGAGCGAAGUGGGGAUCAAUGAGUUCUUGGACAACUUUGAAAGGCAAUGUGCAUUACACCAGAUCCACAUCGAGGAAUGGCCCACCAUAAUGUCUGGAAAAUUAUCAGGGUGA